UGUAAACCACCACUGCAGACACGUAUUUACACUUUGGAUGUGUUUUUUAAUUAAAAAUUAAACGGUGCUCGAACUAGGACUCCGAGGCAGUUAAAAAGUAGCGCUACAGUGGCCUCAUCAUGUUUGCCAACCUGAAGAACAAGUUGAUCGAGGAGGUGAAGGCGUCACCCUCGAAAUUUCAGCAAUUUGCGAACGCUGCCCAGGCCGCCGUGAGCUCAUCGAGCACUACACCCAACUCGGACUCCAACACCAGCAACAGUGAAAACUUUUUCAGCAUCACCGAAGAGGACACGCCUCAGAACUCCCCGUAUCGCAUCCAGAAACUGCCGGCCACCAGUGCAUCGUCGCUACGGGGACGCUCCUCAACCCAGUCCCUGAAUGGGCUCGGGGGUGGAGCCACGCCCAGGACGAGAAAGCUGUCCAACUCGUCGAUGGCCAGCGAUGUGUCUUUUCGCCUGCCCUCUUACGAUGCCCCAGCCGUCUAUCACCUUCAGUCCGAUCUCGACGAGACGAGUAGUGAGUUUGAUGACUCCGCCUCGACAGCUCGCCUGGAUGUCGUCACCAAGGAUCAGCUGUACGAUGCCUACAAAAAGUCCCUGGACAGGUACCACAAGUACCGAUGCCGCUACACGGACCUGGCCAAGAAGUACAAGGAACUAGAGCGCGACAGCUCCAAGGCGAGGUCGGUGCUGGUGGAGACGCAAGACAAGGCUCUAAGACGGAUCAGCGAGCUGCGAGAGCAGUGCACGCUGGAGCAGCAGGCUAAGGCUCACCUGGAGGAGGCCCUGCGCAUAGAGAUGGACGACAUGAGCUGCAAGAUGCAGGCCUAUCAGACGAAACUAAAGCUGUUGGGUGAGAAUCCGGACAACAUUACGGCUGCUCUGGAGAGGAGUGGCCAGGAACAAGACUCUGAGAAGCUCAUUGAUAUCGAAGAGAAGGCAGCAUCAUCGGCCAAUGGCGCCUCUGGCGAAGAAAUCGCCCUUCUGCAGCAGAAACUUCAAGAGAACGAAGUGAAACUUAAGGAGGUUACCGAGAAAUAUGAGGCUCUGCGAAAGCAGGAGGAGGAGAAUGUCCUGCUGCUGGCCCAAACCAAGCAGGCUAUCCACACGGAAUUGGAGCACAAGGACAUCGAAGUUCGAAACCUGCAGGAGAAGCUGAAACAGCUUGAGAGCCAGCGGGAAUCGCACACCAGCGAUGCCAAAGAACAACUGAAGAAGCUCCAGUCAGCAAAGCAGGAGGUGGAUGCCAAGCUGAUAGCCACGGAGCAUCUGUUGAGUACUCUGAAAGGAAACUACACAGCCAAGGAGCAACAGGUGGCUGCACUCGAAAAACAACUGGAGGUCCUAAAAGCAGAAAGCGAACAGAAACUGAAGGACAUUCAAAAACAGAACCAAGAUCGGGAUAAUGAAGCCUCUGACUCCAACGAGCAGCUAGUGAAGGCACAAUCUGCGAAGUUGGAUGCCGAAUCGAAACUUACGACCAAGGAUCAGGAGUUGGAAACCCUCAAGAACGAUUACAAAGCUAAGGAGGAUCAGCUGGUGGAAUUGGAAAAUCAACUUGUGGCACUCAAGAAGGAGAACGAAACGAACCUCGAUAAGCUUCGGCUGUACAAAGAGGAGCAAGAGGCCCAAUCGAACGAAGCAAGAGACCAGCAAACUAAGUUGCAGACUUCCAAGGAUGAAGUUGAGGCCAAACUUGUAGCAGCAGAAGGACAACUAAGCUCCCUUCGGUCAGAAAUUGAAGCCAAAGAGGAUCAGUUGGCAAAACUACAGAAAAACCUCGAAACUCUCAAAACCGAAAACGAGAAGAAGCUGGAAAAGCUGCGCCAAGAGAACCAGGACCGUAACUUGCAGUCAGAUGAAAUACAGGAAGAGCAAAGAAAGCUGCGAGCAGCUAAAGAGGAAGCUGAGGGCAAGCUCCUUGAAGUGGAGAUGAGCCUAAGUGCCUUGCAAGGAUUACUUUCCGCCAAGGAGGAGCAAGCUGAUGCCUUGGAGCAGCAGUUGAAGGCCCUGAAAACCGACAGCGAACAGAGCUUGCAGGACUUGCGUCUGCACAACGAACAGUUGACCGAGAUGGUUCAGCGCCAUCAACAAAAUGACUGGGAGGGGCAGCUGGCAAAGGUCAAAGAGGAACUAACUGCCAAGACCCUGGAGCUGGAGAAGAACCUGGAGAUGGAGCGAGAGUCCCUGGCUGCCUUGACUUCGGAAAAGGCGGCCCUGGAGGAGCAACACAGACUUAAGGUGGAGCAACUGCAGCGCGAUAUCCAAAUCCUGAACGACCAGCAUGCCAACUCGGAGAGCGAAACAGUGGCCGCGCUUAAAACUCAACUGGAAACCAUCAGUCAGGAGUUAUCCAGCAGUCAGGCCGGUCUUCUGGCCAAGGAAAAGGAGCUGAAAGCCAGUGGGAACAAGCUGAACAAACUGAAGAAGCAACAUGAUCAACACCAGACGAAAUCCAGCGAACAAACUGCCCGCUUGGAACAGCUUCAAAACGAGCUCACCACCCGCCAAAACCAGCUUCAGAAAGCGGAGGGCGAGAAGGAGGAGCUGCAGACUAGGGUGGCUGGAAUUUUGGAGGAGAUCGCCACCAUUCAGGCGCACCUUAAACAAGUGAAGGAUUCACACAGCGAACUGGAGCGCGAGCUGGAAUCCCGGAUAGCGUCCCAGCAGCAGGAGCAACUGGCCAGCAAUGGACAAGCCGCCAAGCUAGAGGUGAUCCAGAGCGAGAACACUAAGCUGGCGGAGCGCAACUGCCUGCUGGAGGAACAGGCGAACCAUUUGGAGUCACAACUGCAGUCGAAGCAGGAAGAGAUUAGCAAGAUUCAGCUGAAGCUGCAACAGGUCCUGGAUGAGCAUUCGAAGCUUCAGAACGCCCAAGAAUUGAUGGAUCACGAUCACCGCACCCUGCAGGAUAAAUGCGAUGCUUACGAGAAGGAGAAACUGCUGACCAAGGACACCCUGAAGAGCAUUCAAGUGGGCUGCGAGGAGUUGCAGCAGAUGAAGGCCGUUCUUGAGCGCAACCUGGAGGAGCAGCAGCAUCAAGUGUUGAAGCUGAUGGUGCGCCAACGGGAACAGGAACAGCAGCUGCAGGACCAAGCGGACCGCUGCGCUGAGCUUGAGAGUCAGAACCUGGAAAAUGAAACGGAGCUCAAAGCCACGAUCAAGAAUCUUCGCGAGCAACUGGAAGCCUACCAGCAGGGGGAUCAGGGAGUCCAGGAGAAGAUACAGGCUGCCACUGCUUCCCACGCCAUCCAGAUAGCCACGUUGGAGGCCCGCUGGAGUGCCGCCAACUCCGACGUGGAGCGUCUGCACGAAGCCAACGAUGCUUUGCAAUUGGAGAUGGAUCAGUUGAAGAGCAGACAUCGAGAGGAUGUCGAAGAACUCAAGGAGUCAGUAGCCCAGAAGAACCGGCGGGUGGUAGAGCUGCAGGAAAUCCUGGCCGAGAGCGAACGGCAACUGCAGGAGAGGGCGGAGAACUCACAGAAGCUGGCCAAGUACGAGGAGGUCCAGGUGGAGAAUGAGUACCUUAACAAGCACACCAAACAGCUGGAAAAGGAGCUGGCGGAGGGCGAAGAAGUGAGGGAGAAACUCAAGUCGCUCCAGUGUGAACUGUAUGUUCUACAGGAGAAGGCCGAGCAGCACGCCGUCCAGAUGUCCGAGAAGGAGAUCCAAAGUGAGGCAGCCAAGGCAGAGGCCGCUGAACUCAAGAAAGCCAUCGAGGAGCAGGCCGUCGAGCUGACACGUCAAAAGGAACACGCCAGCUUCGUGACCGAGCAGAGCGACGCCGUACAAAAGGAUCUCCUGCAAGCUCAACAGCAACUCCAGGAAAAGCAAAGUGAACUGACAAAGUCCCAGGAGGAACACUCUAGUCUGCAGGACAAAAUCGAAAGUCUCAACAAGGAGAUAUCCACUCUGAAGGAACAAGCCACGACGUCUUCUGACUCCGACGGACUGCGCAGCCUCAACGAGCGACUGCAGCGUGAGCUGGAGGAUCUCAAACACAAGAGCAAUGGGGCCGAGUCGAGCAUGCAGCAGGAGAUUGAGGAGCUGCAGGCCAAUAACCAGCAGAUGGCCGAACGCAUCAACGAGCUGGAAGCUUUGAGGGCCGGUAUUCAGGCCCAGCAGCUUCUGGCCAGCAUGGCGCCCAAAAACGUGCAGGAGGCUGCCGCUGCGGGUGAGAAAGCUGAGCUGGAGGCCAAGCUCAAGGAGAUAGCCAACGAGGUGCAGGACGUGACCAAUCGGAACCUCUUCCUCGAGCAAAAGUGCGAGAACUACCUGAUACUGGAGCAGUCCAACGAACGACUGAAGCUGCAAAAUGCGAAGCUAUCGCGGCAACUGGAUGAAACACUGGUAUCCAUGCAGCACAGUGAAAGUGUUCCCGCCAACACAGAGUUCGAAUACUUGCGGAACAUCAUGUUCCAGUAUCUGACCGGCAACACCAACAACGAAACGCUGGUCAAGGUGAUAUCAGCAGUCCUGAAGUUCUCGCCCCAGCAGGCCCAAGUUGCCCUGGAAAAGGAGCACCAGCGCAGAUCAUUAUUAAACAAACUAAUCUAGCACGAACUGAACGCUCUCUACGACGACAACUGGGUCUGGGACUCCUGUCCGAACACGCUUCGUGGCCACCUUUGAAUAUCGAAACGCUGGGCCCGGGAUUUCAUCAAGUACCUUAUACCUCACAUCCGGCAGAUGGGCAUUUCGAGAUGUUGUUGUGUUGUUGCAGACCCCCAAGAUAGAUAAAUGUUAUUGUACAGUCCACUAAUUAAUUGUAGCUA